GUCGUCUCUCUCUGAGUGAAGUAAAGCGAGAGACUCACGAGUCACGAGACUGAUCUGAAUCAUCUAUCACCGAUGAUGAAGAACUCGAGCGUCGUCGAUCAGUUACUUCUUCUGCUAGCGAUCACCAUUCUCACAACCCCCGUUCUCUCCGAUCUGGUUCUAUCCAAAGUCGAACGUCGUAUCGAUGUGACGUCACAGAUUGCUCGUGUUACCAAGACCCUUAAGGUUGUAAACUCUGGCUCUGAAUCAGUCUCCGAGUUUACUUUAACCUUCCCUAAGUUUCUUGGCAACAACUUGGCGUAUCUAUCUGUUUCCCAUAGCGAGGGAAAAGGGAAAUCCAAACGCUCUCUAGCCAAUCUCUCUGUGAAAGAAGCUAACCCUAAAGGAAUGCCUGAUUCUAUCAGUUUCUACUCAGUUACAUUACCUAAACCGCUUAACAAAGGCGAUACUCUGACGUUAGAGGUUGUCGCUGCGUUCACCAAUGUGCUUCAGCCGUUUCCUGAGAAGAUAACUCAGAGAGAUAUCCAUCUUGUUAUGCUCCAAGAGAGCGCGCAGUAUCUCUCUCCUUAUGUGGUUGAAUCUCAGUCCUUGUCUAUCAAGCUACCCAAUGCGAGGAUUGAAUCUUACACCAAGCUAGAGAACACAAAGCUUCAGGGGUCAGAGAUCAAAUAUGGUCCGUAUAAGAAUCUUGCAGAGUAUUCGUACGCUCCGAUAGUUGUGCACUUUGAGAGCAAGGCUGCGUUUGCUGUGGCUGAGAAGCUUGUGCGAGAGAUAGAAGUGUCUCAUUGGGGGAACGUGCAGGUCACGGAGCAUUACAAUUUAGUUCACCGAGGGGCGCAACUCAAGGGAGAGUUUUCGAGGUUAGAAUAUCAAGACAGACCCAAUCCUCAAGGAGUAUCUGCCCUUAGGCAUUUACUUGCCAGAUUACCACCCAGAGCCCAUUCCAUAUACUACAGGGAUGAUAUUGGCAACAUCUCCACGUCUCAGAUGCAAAGUGAUUCGAAAAAGACAGAGGUAUUGAUUGAGCCUCGGUUUCCAUUGUUCGGUGGGUGGAAAACUUUUUUCACGAUAGGUUAUGGUUUGCCACUGAGUGACUUUUUGUUUGCAUCGGAAGGGAAACGUUUCCUCGACAUCUCCUUUGGCUCCCCUAUGCUUGACCUUGUCACUGAAAAACUUAUUGUACAGGUUGUCUUACCUGAGGGUUCAAAAGAUAUAUCAGUUACCACUCCAUUCGCUGUCAAGCAGUCUCACGAGAUCAAAUAUUCACACUUAGAUAUAGCUGGUAGACCAGUUGUUGUGCUCGAAAAGAACAAUGUUGUCCCAGACCACAAUCAGAAAAUCCAGGUCUACUAUAAGUUCAGCAACAUCAAUCUGCUGAGUGAGCCAUUGAUGUUAAUCACUGGAUUUUUCGUUUUGUUCAUCACUUGCAUCAUUUACACGCGGGCUGACUUCUCCAUCUCCAAGUCCUCUGCUGCAUAUUUGGCGAAACUUCAAUGGGAUGAGGUACAUUGGAAUCUUGUUUCAGUCACAUUUACAUGUAACCUACUAAUAUCUUAUGUGGUAGAUAUUGAAAACAUGGCGCUCUCUUUUGUUUAUCAGGUCCUAGCAACACUCCAGGAAGUUCAAAACAUCAUCCAAAAAUGCUUAGCUGCACAUGAUAAGCUGGAAGCAUCGCUACGUGAUCUAUCAAGAACCGGUGACAUUCAAACCUGCAAAGCAGCUCGCAAAUCCACUGACAGUUUGCUGAAAGAUCUCUCGAAAGAUCUGAGACCUUUGCUGGCUUCCUUGCAAUCUUUCCCAUCAGCCUCUCAUAUCUCCCCAAAGGUCGAAGAGCUAGUUGCGAAAGAGAAAGAACUUCAAGAAAAGUUGAUGGCCAAACAUACAACUGUUGUUGAAGGGUACGAGAAGAAAUCCUCAGGGCGUGAUAUUGAAAACCGAAUCGCUUCUCAGCAGCAAAAGAUCGUAGCACUGAGGCAAGAAGUAGAUGAUCUUCUAGAGUUCAUUGAUGAGAUCUAGAAAAAGUUAAAUGUAGCAGACCCCUUUUAAGUUUAAAACCAGACUUUAUCAUUAAGCUCUAGUUCCUCCACAACAUAAACCUCCAAGUUUAACUUUCAAUCAAUUUCUCUUACAAAAUCAUUUACAAGAAUGCAUAUAUAGACUCACUUAGCCAAUGUUGGUGCAAAUAUACCAGAGAAAUUUGGGAUCUUAUCGAUGUGCCUCAACGCACUCUCAGCAAUCUGUUUUGUUCUAAAAUCUGCGUUUUGAAAGGCGUCAAUAAGCGCUGCAGUAACGUUCUGUUCUUCUCCAAGCUCCCUAGCGAAAUCUUCAAUACGUAAGAUCCUCUCCACUAUCCACACAGCUCGAAUCCUUAAAUUCUCUGUCCUAUUCUCCAACAGAACGUUUAAUAUAGGUGUUAACCCAUCUGCUUCAACAAUCAACCUUACCGCGUUCUCUACUUCUAAACCAUCUUCUAACAACGUCGAAAGAGCUGCAAGUGCUGGCCCAACCACCUUGUCGUUUUCAUGGUCCAAAAGAUCAACCAGUUUAUCCACUGCUUGUCCUUCAACAAGACAAAAGCUGUCUCUCAAUGAACAUAUCCCUUGAUGGAUCUUACACAUCCCUAGAACAACAGGCGGUUUGCUCAGACAUGAAAAGAUGGACAGACAGUAACUUGGAGGAGGAAGCUCUGGUAUCAUUGUUAAAUUCUUGGUUUCAAGUGAGAGAUUCUCCAAAGCUAUUGCAGAAGCCAUCUGGAUGUUGUCUUGACUGUAUGACUGAAGGAGAUCGAGGAAAACCGAAGCGAGAUUGUUUUCACGGCAGAACGAAAUGGCCUGUCUCUCCUUGGUGAGUGCAAAGGUGAUCCGAGUAAGUAUUUUCACAAGUCCAUCGAGAAAAGUUCUCUCAAACCGUUUCCCCCUGAUCUCUCCUUGGCGAAUAAGAACAAUCUUGGAGAUGAUUUUCUCAAAAGCACCGUCUCCUAACAAUCUCUGCGUCAGACCCCAAUCUCUCUCAGGAAGUUCAGCUAACAGUCCAGCAGCAGCGGCUUGAUCCUCGGUGAUUGUUGUUGUACUUUCAGAUAUGAUGGCAACAAGGUUCGUAAGCUGUCCUACAGUGCCACGUAACACUUUGGCUAGCUCUUCACUCAUGUGUGGUGAAAUGUUAUGAAGUAGCUUGAUAGCAGCCAAACGCAAAUCAUCAUUAUCAUGAACCUCAACGAACUGAACCAAGCUGAUGAUGGCACCUGAGUUUCUGAUGGCUGAAACAAUAUUUAUAACUGAGUUCGGGCAGCUAGUUAAUCCAACAAGAACCUCCAACAGCUUCCCCUGAAUUUCUGGACCAGUGUUACUAAUUAACAGGAGUAGGUUCUCAAUUAUGUCCUCUGAAACAAGAGUUUGGUGAUGAGGUCCAACAGGGACUUUGUCAAAGUCGUAGCCAAUGUUCACUAUAUUGGCUAGAAUAGUAGCUGAGACUUCUUUAAGUCGAAUAGGAAGCUGGUUUGGCCCAACGUAAAACAGGUCUUUGAUAAGUGGCGGGAGAAGUCCUGUGCGGAUUAAGACUUUAGCACUCCCUUCAAAAGAUGAG